CUGUGUUCUGUGCGCAAAAGUGAAAUCUUUAUCAUACGAAAAAGUGAUACUGUGAUGGAUACCUGAAGUUGAUAUAAUUUAGUGCCAAAACAUUUGUGACAUAUUGAUUUUUUGUGGAUUAUCUUAUGAUGAAUAUGAUGAAUAUAUGAAAUGGCAGCGCCCUCAAUGGUGCAAAGAUCAGGCGAUACGUUGAUCGUUCGCAGCGUGGUUAGCGGUGAUCAACUAUUCCUAGAUGGAAAUCCCACUUCUCCGAGCAGUACGCCACCAGCCUCACCAGUUCCAACAGGAACAAGACGGCAACUUGGUCAUAGACGAAGAAAAAGAUUUGCCACAAUGCAAGAUAAAAAGAAACUACACUUGCACACACUGCAAGUAUUUUACUCAGAACCCGCGGCAUUUCUUGCAACAUUUACGAGAUGUCCACAAAGAGAAAGUUCGGAUUACGAAUGUCCGAACUGUCUUUAUGCAUCAAGGCAUUUUCAGAAAUUACUUAGGCAUAUGAAAAUGGUACACAGAAGCUGUGAUGGCGUAGAGUUACCAGAUUUUUCUAGAAGACGCAUUACUAAAGAAAACGAGAAAAAGAAAAAGAAUACGAAAACUGAAAUCGUUGAAGCACCAGCUCCGGUUCCGGAGGAAGUGGAAGAACCCGUGGAGCCUAUUGUGGAAUUAGAAGUAGUAGAGCCUGUGUUAGAAAGCGAAGAAGAGGAUGAAACAUUUACUCCAACGAACGGGUCCAAAUUCAAGUGCCCUUUAUGUCCUUUCACUACCACAAGUUCUUCCCAACUGACCAAGCAUGGUCAGCAACAUAUGAACGCAAAAUUCUUCCGCUGCGGCAAAUGCAGCUAUGUGACGCACAUAAAAGCACGUUACACGAAACACGUCAAAUACCAUUCGAUGCCUAUGAUUAAAUGUGAUCUGUGUGACUUUCGUACUCCGUACAAAUGGAAUUUGGACAGGCAUAUGAAAAAUCACGGGGGUUGGGGCGCUUUCAGGUGUGGUGCAUGCAAUUUUGCAGCAGAUAUAAAGCAAAGUCUUACUGUGCAUGAGAUGAACCAUCAUGUUCCUCCAGUUGGCCAAGCAGCUGGUCUGGGAACGGGAAGACGUAGAAAUAAGGUUGGCGCAAGCGAUGCCAUGGCAGUUGAGGAGGAGAUUGAUCGUAGGGAGCAGGAAUUGUUGAGGAUAGAGCAAGUUGAUUCACCACAAAGUGAGGAAAAGAAUACAAGUCUAUUGAUGGACGCGUCACUGAAUAACAACAACGAUACAACGAUUGAGCAGAAUAAAAAGGUAUCGUAUCAGUCUUCCAUCAAGCGCAGAGAUGAUUUUGCUGAAAAUGACAGUUAUACAAACGGAUAUAUGCCGAAUAAAACGCAAAGUUUUGAACUGAAAACUAAAAAUGAUAGUGAGAAAUCUAGCAGUGAAGAACCUGAAAAACCUAGGAAAGCGGCCAGGCCUAUUCCUAAUUUGAUUCCAAUCCAGAGCGCAUCUUCUAGACGGUCGAGUGGUGCGAACUCCGUGGAAAUGAGCCAAAAGGACAUGAACGAAAUCUGCGCCAAAUCGCAAAAUAGUGCCUUGAAAGAUUUCGCCUCAUUGGUUGGAGCUGAAGAGGUAAUCAACAUAAAACCACAAGUACUCAAAAAGAACGCUUCGUUUUUCGAUCGUCUCAAAGAAAAACUACUGACGGACGCUGGCGAAAGUGGCAGUGCCACGUGCAAUAACUGUGGACACGUGUCUAGCUCUUUGUCUGAGGCUGCUUCUCAUCAAAAGACAUGCAAUUCGAUGGAAACAAAGGAUGUAAGUGUCAGAUCUGGGUCUAUUUUGCGUUCAACUAGAUGUCAGUACUGCAGGCAUCGAUGCAAAUCGAGUGCAGAUCUGCUGCAACACUUGGCGACCUGCGCCAAUGCAGACUUGCAGAAUUCCACUAAUUCGAUGGGAGCCUCCAGCGAAAGCAGCUCAAAUGGAAAGGCGGACGCGACAAUUGACAUGGACGCAGCAGAAUCGGCUUCAACUGCGCCGGUUGAUGACCUCCAAGGGCCGCAUCCCAUGGAGAACGUGGUCUUUGUGUGGAACACGCUGCCGCCGGGACGAGGUGCCGAUCAGCACAUGGAGGAGCGGAUGCAGGAUGAGGAGAGCAGUUUGGAUUUGAGUGUCAGAACGGUCAGUCCGAUGGAAGAAGGGCAAAUCAGCGAGUCCGAGUAUUGCGUCGGCGUCGAGACGGCACCCGGUUACGGGGCCACUCUUAAAUCACUGCCGAGAGAAAGCGACCAUAUUGCAGAGAAAAAGGUAUUUAAAUGCCCAAGCUGUUCCUUCUGGGCCACGACUGCAUCUCGAUUUCACGUUCAUAUAGUGGGACAUCUGAAUAGAAAACCAUUCGAAUGUUCUUUGUGUUCAUAUCGUUCAAAUUGGCGUUGGGAUAUUACGAAGCACAUUCGUCUGAAGUCAGUCCGUGACAAAUGCCACGAGGAGGCGAGGGUCCUGAUGACGGAUGAAACCGGGAGGCGAAACUAUUCGAAAUACAACGCCUAUCUGACGCUCAUGCGAGUCGCUGAUGGCACGGACGGAUCUCAUGCAACUCACUCAUCAGUCAGCCAUAAGCGAAGCAGGGCAGCAGAAAACUUUACACAAGGUAAUAUGUCACCACAUAGUGAAUCAAGCUUCCUAGAAUUACCUCGACUAACACCAGCUAACUCAAGAUCUUCUUCAGCUGCCAAAAGUGACGCUAGUGGUGAAGUAAGGCCACCACCACCCCUGAAGCAUGCAGGAUCUCUCAGUGAUGACAACAAGAAAAAACAUUUUAAGUGCAAGAAAUGCCACUUCAGACAUCCAAUCCGAGAUAUUGUCCUGCAGCAUGUUAAGUCUCACUACAUUGAGGCGGGUGCUAAAGUGCCAGGUGAACCAGAGGUUCUCGAUCUCACGAGUGACUUGUCAUCAAAUGACAGUGGCCACUUAAAUAAUAAUAACAACGGUUUGGGAUGGUCAUCGGGAAACACUUCGCAAUUUGUCGGUGAGAGUAAUGAGGCAAGUGUCAUGCAUAUGGGCCAACAUCAGCAAAACUUAACAAUGGUGAAUGGUGGGGUUAAUGUUAACGUGAAUACUUCGCUGGCGCCGCCACAAGUGCCGCCAGCACCAUUUCGAUGCGGCCAUUGCCAUCAAGUAUCAAACUGGAAGCAUGUUAUCCAGCGUCAUUGUCGUCUUAAGCACAAUGGUGACAUACGCGUCCACACAGCCGAUAUGGAUGCAGCAGAAGAAUUAAACUUAUCUGCACAUAAAGUUGAGCCACGUAAAGGAGAAUUUUUAUGCGAAAUGUGUCCGUAUAGUGGUACAUCCGAAAUAGAUUUAGAAGGGCAUGUCCGUCAACAUACACCUAACUCAGAAUCAGUUUUCAAAUGCUUUUUCUGUGAAUAUUUUGUAGUAUCCAAACAAGAUUUGAUUCAACACAUAACUUUGCAUGGCGUUCAAGAUCCAGAGGAAUAUUUUGAAAUGCGCAUGUCACGCGAUGGUCGUUCGGCAGUUAGAUUUAAGUGUAAUUCAUGUCCUUAUGUCAGCAAUAGCAAAGCCCAAUAUACCUACCAUUCUAUGUUCCACGUUGCUAAAACUGGAGAAUAUCAAUGCGACGAAUGUUCAUACAGCGUUUCCAAAAGGCAUUUGUUGCAGCAACAUAUGCGUGUCCAUGGACGAGAUUUGGACGUCGACGGGCCACUAGCUAAAAAGAUCAAAACAGAAGAUACCGAAGAUGAUUGUGUCAUUGAGGAAGUCGAUUCAGAACCUACAAAAAUGCUGCAUUUCUGUGAACAAUGCCCAGCUAGAUUUCUUAUUGAACGCGAGUUGCAAAUUCAUGCUCGCUACCACAAUUCAAAUUCGCCUCACAAGUGCGAAUAUUGCACAUACUGUGCGAGACAAGCUUCGCAUUUGCAAUCACAUUCUAUUGUACACACCACUGCCUAUCAAGAUAAAACAAAACAGUUGCAAGAAGUUCACCCAGUAAACAUUUUGCAUCCUCAGCCAACAACGGCUUUAUUGAUGAAUAGACCAAACACCGGACAGCAAGUUUGGAUAGCAGUCAAUCGUGUUAUUGAAGAAUCAGAUUUUGAUAGCGCAAUUACAGCUAGUCGUGUACCUAACAAACAUUUUUCAUGUGAACGUUGCCCUGCUCGAUUUUUCAAACAGUCUGCUUUGCAGCACCAUACAACGUUGCACGGCAGUUCGGGUCCUUUCCGGUGUCAAUAUUGCGACUACUCGGUUCGAGAUUUGGGUAAUCUGAGAAAACAUGAGCAAUUGCACUGUGGAAGUACGGAUACGGUACCGCUUUCGGGUACUGAUCUAUUUGCACAGAAAACUGAAGCUGAACGAACCAAAAGCGGUCUUAUGAUGCAUUCCAAUGAACUUCCCCCGCCUCAAACAUUGCUAGCUGAUCCUCAGUUCGGAACUCAAAUUCAUGGAAAUCCCGAUUUUAUUUAUCCUACUUACGUGAAAAAUGGACGCACACGCGAAAAACGCUACAAGUGCCAUAAAUGUCCAUCGGCGUUUGAGAAAAGAGAACAAUAUCGAGUGCACAUGACUUUACAUGGGGCACAGCAGAGGUAUAAAUGUGAAGCUUGCGAUUACUCUGUUAAAUAUUAUGCUAAUUAUGUUCAGCAUAUGAAGAAACACCAAGUCAGUGCUGAUGCUCAGGCAGCUAGACGUUCCUUGUUAGGCAUUUCUGAUAAUAACAGUAGUCUGGAAAAUAUUGAAGAAAAUAAAGACUACCGUCCGAUGAGCUUUGCUCAAAAACAAGCUGAAGCAAUAAAAGCAUUAAAAUCUGAGGCCAAACAUCGUUGCAAAUCAUGCCCCUUUGUUGGAUUGACUGCCGCAUCUUUAGAAGAACAUACCGCUCACCACGGCGGAGAAGGUACCAAUAAAUGUAACCACUGUGAUUAUGUAUGCCCUCGGGAACAGUCAUUAAGUGAACAUGAGGGCCUACAUUUUCUAGUCGAUAAUAGUUUAACCCCAGAAGCAUAUAUGAACCCAACAGGUCUGUCUUUAGUUUAUCGCAGUGAAGAAAAUGACAAAGAAGGUGAAGAAUGCAUACUUUUUGAUGACUCAAAUGUUGCUCCUCCUCCAGUCAUUAGGGAUUCUGAAAAAAUUUAUGUGGAUUUGCCGAAACGCACUGCGAAGAAUUAAAAUGGAUUUUUAUAUUUAGUUUUAACAUUU